AGUCCUAACAUAUCGAAAAUACUACCAAUAGAAAGAGAGAGUGAGUCUAGUAUCUUUUUAUUUUGAAAAGGGGGAGUAGUAUAUUUAUGUAUGAACAAUCUUGUAUCUCCCCACCUACCAAUUUAAUCUACUCUUUUUAUUGCACCACUAUCAUAUACUAGGCCACUACUGUAAGUGACUAAGACUUUAACAACUUUUUUCCCAAGAAUAAAUACAUAAACGCCAUAGUUACUUAUAGGUUUCUCAAAAACUCCUCAGAAUAAUUUGCUUUCAUAAAUUGAGUAGUGAGAAAAUGCAUAAAACACAGGAAGAAAAAACAGCUUACCCUGAAUUCCCAUCAACAAAAAAUGAUGAAGAUAUCAUGAAAGUACAACAAGUUCAUGAUUCAUCAUAUGAUUACAAAGGCAGGAUUCCUCUUCGAGCUUCUACUGGCUCAUGGAAAGCCUCUUUCUUCAUCAUAGCAAUUGAGUUUAGUGAGAGAUUGAGCUACUUUGGAAUAGCAACAAAUUUGAUAACAUACAUGACAAAAGUGAUGCACCAGGACUUGAAAACAGCAGCCAACAGUGUAAAUAUAUGGACCGGAGUUACCACAGUUAUGCCUCUUCUUGGUGGGUUUCUCGCGGAUGCUUAUACUGGUCGCUACUUCAUGAUUCUCUUCUCUGCAGUCCUUUAUGUCCUGGGAUUAGGACUCUUUACCAUGACACAAUAUAUUACAAGCCUCAAGCCUUGCAAAACAACCCCAAAUUCAUGCGACCAUGCUAGCAAGGUCCACGAGGUAGUGUUCUUCGUAGCAGCCUACCUCGUGGCCCUUGCAACGGGGGGUUAUAAACCUUGCUUAGAGAGCUUUGGCGCAGACCAAUUCGAUGAUGAUCAUUCGAAAGAAAGGAAGCAAAAAAUGUCAUUUUUCAAUUGGUGGAACAUUGCACUUUGUAGUGGCCUCUUCGUCGGAGUAACUUUGAUAGUUUAUGUGCAAGACUACGUAAGUUGGGGCAUUGGGUUUUUGAUAUUAACCAUAACUAUGGGAAUUUCUGUCAUUGUAUUUGUGCUUGGAAGGCCUUUUUACCGUUAUAGGAACCCUCAUGGAAGCCCCUUAACACCACUCUUACGAGUUUUUGUCGCUGCUGUGGUAAAGAGAAAUCUGCCUUGUCCUUCCGAUUCCUCUUUGUUGUAUGAAGUUCCUAAUUCAGCAAAGUUCCAAGGAAGGCUUUUAAGUCACACAAAUAGACUCAGAUUUUUUGAUAAAGCUGCUAUAAUUGAAGAACAUGAAAGUAACGGGGUAGCUUUGAAACAACAAAGUCCAUGGAGGCUAGCAACCGUGACACAAGUAGAAGAACUUAAGCUCAUUAUAACCAUGAUUCCCAUAUGGUUAACUUGUUUAGUGUUUGGAAUAGGCAUUGCUCAAGGCUCCACAUUCUUCAUCAAACAAGGUAGCGCAAUGGAUCGAAGAAUCUUCAAAAACUUCGAAAUCCCAGCUGCUUCUGUGUACACUCUUACAGCCGUAGGAAUGAUUACCUCAGUAGCAUUCUACGACAAGGUCCUCCUUCCAUACUUACGACGAAGUACAGGCAACGAGCGAGGCAUUAACAUACUUACUAGAAUAGGUAUUGGCAUGGUUAUCUUGAUCAUUUCAAUGAUGAUCUCGGCGUUGGUGGAGAGAGCGAGAUUAAAGGCCUCAUUGCAAGGGAAAAUAAUACAUGUGUUUUGGCUCGCGCCUCAGUUCUUGGUCAUUGGUAUAGGGGAUGGAUUUUCCCUAGUAGGAAUGCAAGAGUAUUUCUAUGAUCAAGUUCCUGACUCAAUGAGGAGUUUAGGGAUGGCGUUUUACCUUAGUACUAUUGGCGUUGGGAGUUUUCUUAGUACUUUUUUGAUCAUAAUGGUGGACUCUAUCACAGGGAUGAAAGGUGGGAAGAUAUGGAUAGGCAAAGAUUUGAAUCAUAGUCGUCUUGAUUAUUUUUACUGGCUUUUGAUGAUUAUUUUUGUGCUCAAUAUCUUUGUAUUUGUGUUUUUGGUCAAGAAUUAUAAGUACAAAAAUGUCCAUAGAAGUGUGGCUGUAGGUGACUCUGGUGAGGAUGACAAGAAAGUGAUAAGUGUUUAAGUACAAAUGUUGAUAUAGCUCAAAAAACUUAUUAAGUAUAUAGUAGUAGUAUUAGUAUAUAUACUUUAUAGAAUAAUAAUAUGCUUUCCCUAUAUAAGUUUAUAUUUUUGCCU